GGAGGCUGAGUAGUGUGAAACAAGCAGAGUCGAGGAGAGGAAGAGGAGGAGGAGGAGGAGAGUGCAGCGAGGGGGACUGUGACGCACGCCGAUGCUCUGUGCUUUCCGCUGAUUGGCCCCGGCCAGUGCCGCUCACAAGAGCUUGCGGAGCAGAUUAUGAAGCGGCACUCCGGCAGCGGCAGUCUCCUCUCAUUGUCUCAAUGGCUGCGCACGCAUUCCUCCUGUGCUCCAUCGCCUUGCUGUCUGCUCUCAGCCGGCCUGCUGUGACUCUCUCCGACGAAGAGCUGCAGCCGGGACUCAGCUAUGAUGAAGUGCCUGAAAUCUUGCACAGAAGCAGAGAGAACCCCAAACAAGCCACAAGAGUCACAUCAAGUCAGGACGGCGAGUAUGGCUUAGAAAACGAAGAGGUCAUUUUAACGCCCCAAGAUGAAAACCCACUCAGGAGAAUCCUGCAGCCUUUCAAGUGGAACCAUGCAGCGAUGUCUCACAGCAAGAGGAAGCUGCUCCAGUCGCUGAUGGGCCCGUACGGCCCCUUGAGCGUGUCCUACAACGGGAAGACCUGCAUUCUGUUCAAGGCCAAGCGCCUGGCCAUCCGCUACCGGAAUCACACCUUCAUCGAUCUGACUGAGAGCGUGUUCAAUCCCAACUCGCCCGUGGACACCAAAGGCUCCGUCUGCACCAAGGAGAAGGCCACGCUUUCAUUAAAGUUCGGUGAUGUGGAAGACUUGCGAGGUCUCGUAAUCAGGCUUCAGAUGUCAAACACCUUCUACGAGGCAGCAGGUCAAAACUGGUUCACCCUGGACAGCGUGCACAUCCACUACAACUGGACGCAAGAGGCCACGUUCAACGCCAGCGAAGUUUACGCGCCCGCCACCUCGUCCUACCACUGCCAGCACGUCAGCAGCCUGCACAAAUAUGACACCCUACUGGUGCCCAGCUCCCACACGGACACGUCCGCCAACUGGCACAUCACUUUCACCGAUUUCCAAAUUCAAGCCUUCAAUGUGCAGUCGGACAAGUUCGCGUCGGCCAGUGACUGCGCCACUUUCCUGACGCCGGCCAUCCUAAUGGGCUUGGUGACGUCUCUGAUCCUGCUCCUGGUCCUGGCCUACGCCCUUCACAUGGUGGUCCACCUCAAGCACAUCGACCGCUAUGAGGAGCACAAGGCCACCGUCUACUUCCCCCGCAGUCCAGAGGCCGAGUUGCCGGACAAGAACAGCCUGUGAGGAAAGCGGACAGGGGCGGAGAGAGGAAAAGCGAGGCUGAGGCGGAGAGCAAGUCAUGGAAAAAGUAUCCUCCACAGAGUAUUUCUUGAACAAAAUACCUGUCCACGUGAAAACCUUGUAAAUCGCUCGGAAGUAAAUGCAGGAUACUCUUUCCUCAUUGACUUGUAUCUUGGCAUCCAUUGUAUGGAUGCUCAAGCCUCUCCUGGGCCUUCAGUCCGUGAUCCAAAUGUCAAAGGUCAAGGACAGUCCCGGUGCCCUGAGGGGCAACAAGCGGCCUUUACCCCAGCCAGCCAUGCGACCCGUACUAGGCUAUCUGUCGCUAUCACAGCUAACAUCUGAUGCUCUCGAUUAAAUGUCUCACAAGUGUCAUAUUACAAGCUUCCGUCGCUCGUCGUCUUUCCAGCUUUCUCUAAAGUAUCCUUUGUCUUACUGCUGCAACAACUAUAUUCUUCAAAGGGCCAGUUUUAGUCCUGUUAGCUGCAUGCCAUAAAAAGCUGCUCAAUCCGAGCUAGUGCAGUGUUUCCAGAUAAUCGGAAAGUGUUGCAUGAAGCGCAGUUUAAAAUAAGCCAACGGGGCACGACGCAGAGUCUGCCAGAAUCAAAAAACAAGGAAACUCUGGUCUAGCGUCUGGCUGGAGUGAACGGCCCUUCAGAGCUUUCGAUGUCUCCCGCCCCGUCCCUAAACGAGACUGCUGCUUGGGAUUUAACUGUGAAAUGGCCUUGUACCGGACCGGACCAGACCGGACGGCCGAUGAGGGCGGAGGGGGUCCUACGAACUCAAACUAGCACAACGUCGGUUAGUAGUAAAAGCACUAACGAUCGAGAAGACUUUCAAGACUACACGGGGGACAAUGCUGCAAAAGAGGAGCGCAUCCCUCCGGUCAAACGGCUCACCCGAGAGUCACGUUUUUGGACAAGCGAGGCCAAAGGCUCCUCCAUGCGAGACACUGAAAAGUGAAGCUUCAAAGGUCUUGCCACAAAAUAUGGUGAGUGGGAUAUUGUGGGAAAAGAGCUAACCGUUCCAGCUAUGUGCAAAAAAAACAAAACCCAAAAAACAUACAGUAAAUGUACAGAAGUGUCACUCUGCGGAGAUCAUUUUGUUUCCUUUUUCUUUUUGUCUUUUUUAUAUACGACGUAACCAUGACAAAUUGUUACUGGUGCAGGACAACGACGCUCAUAUACAAGUUGUAGAUGCAUCCGGAUCUCUUUGUAACUACAGCUGUUUACUUCAAAUACAGCACAACUAAGAAACGUAAUGACAAGACAUUGUGCAAUGGGAUGAGGAUUAGUGAUAUGACCCCCCCCCCCCUUAAAAUGUUUGUUUGUUUUAAAA